AUGAAGCCGCGGUCGCUCCUGGAGCGCCUGGCCCGCCCCUUCUCCCGCCGCGCCUCAUCCGACCAGUCCCGCCGCGAGAAGGAGGAGGAGGCGGACCUGGAGGCGAUCGCGGCGCGGGAGCAGCGCGCGUUCCGGUACGAGACGCUGGCGGCGGCGACGCGGGGCUUCUCCGAGAAGAACCGGCUCGGGCAGGGCGGGUUCGGCCCCGUGUACCGGGGCCGCCUCGAGGACGGCCGCGACGUCGCCGUCAAGCGCCUGGGCGCCGGGUCGCGGCAGGGCUCCCAUGAGUUCCGGAACGAGGCCACGCUGCUGUCCCGGGUGCAGCACCGGAACGUGGUCAACCUCAUCGGAUACUGCGCGCGCGGGGCGGAGGACAAGCUGCUGGUGUACGAGUACGUGCCCAACGAGAGCCUCGACAAGAUCCUCUUCUCCCCUUCCUCCUCCGCACACUCCAGCAGCAACAGCGACCGAUCACGACGAGCGGAGCUGACCUGGCCGCGGCGGCACGAGGUUGUGGUCGGCGUGGCGCGUGGCCUGCUCUACCUCCAUGAGGACGCGCACACACCCAUCAUCCACCGCGACAUCAAGGCCAGCAACAUCCUUCUCGACGACCGGUGGGUGCCCAAGAUCGCCGACUUCGGCAUGGCCCGCCUCUUCCCGGAGGCCGGCGAUGGUCACUCUCGUGUUCAUACCCGUGUCGCCGGCACUAACGGGUACAUGGCGCCCGAAUACCUCAUGCACGGUGACCUCUCCACCAAGGCCGACGUCUUCAGCUUCGGCGUGGUUGUUCUCGAGAUUGUCUCGGGCCGCAAGAACUCCGCCUUUGUCCCGCCCCUGGGCGCCGAGGCAGACAGCCUCCUGGAAUACGCCUGGAGACUGUACAAGAAAGGUCGGAGCCUGGAGUUGCUUGACCCCGCUGUCAAGUCGUCGGCAGUGCCGGAGCAGGUCGAGCUGUGCGUGCGCAUCGGGCUGCUGUGCGUGCAGGCCGACCCGCGGCUGCGGCCGGACAUGAAACGCGUGGUAAUCAUCCUGUCCAAGAAGCAGAGCACACUCGAGGAGCCGACGCGUCCGGGGGUGCCCGGGUCGCGGUACCGGCGGAGGCCCCACGGCCUGCGCGGCUCGCACUACUCUGCCGGGUCGUCGUCCGGCACCAGCUCGCCGUCUACGUCCGCAACAUCGCACGCGUCAGCGUCAGCGUCGGCCUCCAACGCCAUGACGACGUCGAGCACGCACACCAUGAGAAGCCAAGGCUUGCCGUCGCACCGAGAAGAAGAGCAGGACGAGUAG